AUGGUGGCUUCAUUGGUGUGGUUGUUCGUUAUGAGGAAGAGAGAGUUGAACACUCUUCUCUCUCGUUCUCUCAAUUUCUUACACCCAAAACAACGCUUCUCCAAUUCCUCACAACACCCUCUCCCAGGUCUCCUCCCCUCUGACGAUGAAGCUUCUUCGCAGGACUCUUCCCUCCAUUUGUCGCAACACUACGCAUUCCUCCGCAACUCUUUGCUCAAUUCCACCACCCACUCCGCUGAGUCCUCUAACGACGCCGUAUCCAUGUCCAACGCAAUCAGAACUGGGUUUGGUUCCGAAACCCAAAAUUUCUUGAGGCAGUUCCGGGGUAAGCUAAGCGAAUCCUUGGUUGUUGAGGUGAUGAAUCUCGUCAAACACCCUGAGCUCUGCGUCGAGUUUUUCCUUUGGGCGAGUCGCCAAAUUGGUUAUACCCACACUCGUGCGGUGUACAAUGCGCUGAUUGAGUUACUGUGUUGCAAUGACGUUAAUGAUAGAGUGUCUGACAAGUUUUUGAUGCAAAUUAGGGAUAAUGACAAGGAGCUGCUUCGGAAGUUGCUCAAUGUUCUCAUUCAAAAGUGUUGCAGGAAUGGGAUGUGGAAUGUGGCGUUGGAAGAGUUGGGGAGGCUUAAGGAUUUUGGGUACAAGGCUUCUCCGACCACUUAUAAUGCUUUGAUUCAGGUUUUUCUUAAGGCUGAUAAGUUAGAUACUGCUUAUUUGGUUCUGAAAGAGAUGUCCAAUUUUGGGUUUGGAAUGGAUGGAUAUACUCUCAGUUGUUUUGCCUAUUCCCUCUGCAAAGCGGGGAAGUGUGGGGAUGCACUGAGUUUGAUUGAGAAGGAGGAUUUUGUGCCUGACACGGUUUUUUAUAACAGGAUGGUUUCUGGGUUGUGUGAAGCUUCGCGUUUUGAAGAAGCUAUGAAUAUCUUGGAUCAAAUGAGAUCGAAUUCCUGCAUUCCCAAUGUUGUGACAUAUAGAAUUUUGGUUUCUGGUUGUUUGGGGAAAGGGCAGUUGGGCAGGUGUAAGAGAAUUCUUAGCAUGAUGAUGGCAGAAGGCUGUUAUCCUAAUCGGGAUAUGUUUAAUACUCUUGUACAUGCUUACUGUAAAUCCAGGGAUUACUCUUAUGCAUAUAAGUUGUUUAAGAAAAUGGAUAAAUGUGGGUGCCAACCCAGCUAUCUGCUUUAUAAUAUAUUCAUUGGUAGUAUAUGUAGCAAUGAGGAGCUUCCUGGCUCAGAUGUGCUGGAAUUGGCUGAAAAGGCUUACAGUGAAAUGCUCGAUUCAGGGAUUGUGUUAAAUAAGGUAAAUGUCAGCAAUUUUGCGCGGUGUCUUUGUGGAGCUGGAAAGUUUGAUAAAGCCUUUAAGAUUAUAUGCGAAAUGAUGAGCAAGGGUUUCAUUCCUGAUGAUAGUACAUAUUCUAAAGUUAUUGGUUUUCUUUGUAAUGCCUCCAAGGUAGAGAAGGCUUUUUUGUUGUUCGAAGAAAUGAAAAAGAAUGGCAUUGUUCCCACUGUUUAUACUUACACUAUUUUAAUUGAUAGUUUUUGCAAAGCUGGGCUUAUUCAGCAGGCUCGGAAAUGGUUUGAUGAAAUGAUAAGAGACGGGUGCACCCCAAAUGUAGUGACUUAUACUGCUCUUAUUCAUGCAUACCUGAAAGCAAGAAAGGUGUUUGAUGCAAAUAAACUAUUUCAGAUGAUGUUGGCUGAAGGUUGCAAGCCUAAUGUUGUUACAUAUACAGCUUUAAUUGAUGGUCACUGUAAGGCUGGGCAGAGUGAUAAAGCUUGCCAGAUCUAUGCCAGAAUGCAAGGUGACAUGGACCCGUCUGACAUGGACAUAUAUUUUAAGCUAGAUGACAAUGAUUGUGAAACACCAAAUAUUAUUACAUAUGGGGCUUUGGUGGAUGGUUUAUGCAAAACAAACAGGGUUAAAGAAGCCCGUGAGUUAUUAGAUACCAUGUCAGUUAAUGGUUGUGAACCUAACCAAAUAGUGUAUGAUGCUCUUAUAGAUGGGUUUUGCAAGACUGGAAAGCUUGAAAGUGCACAAGAGGUGUUUGUAAAGAUGUCUGAGCGUGGAUACAGUCCGAAUUUGUAUACCUACAGUUCUUUAAUUAAUAGUCUUUUUAAAGAAAAAAGAUUGGAUCUUGUUUUGAAAGUGUUGUCCAAGAUGCUAGAGAAUUCUUGCACUCCAAAUGUUGUUAUUUACACAGAGAUGAUUGAUGGCCUCUGUAAAGUUGGAAAGACAGAUGAAGCAUACAAGCUCAUGCUCAAAAUGGAAGAAGUGGGCUGUUAUCCAACUGUUGUAACUUAUACUGCAAUGAUUGAUGGCUUCGGGAAAUUAGGAAAAAUUGAACAGUGCCUUGAGCUAUAUACUGAUAUGUGCUCAAAGGGUUGUGCACCAAACUUCAUAACCUACAGGGUCUUGAUAAAUCAUUGCUGUUCCACUGGCCUUCUUGAUGAAGCACACAGACUUCUAGACGAAAUGACGCAAACAUAUUGGCCAAGGCAUUUGUCAAGUUACCGUAAAACUAUCGAGGGCUUUAACCGAGAGUUUAUAAUCUCGAUUGGGCUUUUAGAUGAGCUGAGUGAGAAUGAAUCAGUGCCAGUUGAAUCUUUAUACAGAAUCUUGGUUGAUAAAUUUAUUAAGGUUGGGAGACUGGAAGUUGCAAUGAAUCUACUUGAGGAGAUUUCAUCAUCUCCAAGCCUUGCAGUUGACAAUAAAUAUCUAUAUACUUCUUUAAUUGAGAGUCUGUCCAUUGCUAGUAAGGUUGAUAAAGCCUUUGAGCUUUAUGCAAGCAUGAUAAAUAAGAAUGUUGUUCCAGAGCUUAGUACAUUUGUCUACCUCAUCAAAGGCCUUACCAGGGUUGGUAAGUGGGAAGAAGCACUACAAUUAUCAGAUAGCAUAUGCCAAAUGGUUUGUCACACUUGCUCUAACUUCGUGAAGUACGAAAGGAUAAAUUUUCCAUGA